AUGCUUGUCAAUUGGAGACGAGCGGCGCUUUUUAACACUCACCACCUCUGCUUGAGCACCUCGGCUACUGGGGAGGUCGGUGCCUGCACCAGUCCUGGCAAACCACAAGUCUGCUCCAGCAUCAUAUCCCACCGCCUUGUCAUUACUGAAAGUGGUGAUGUCGACAGGUCUGCCAUGGUAGAUGUUCGCCUGUUCAUCAUCCUGCUAUUCACCAGUCCUCCACCCCUCACACUUUGCUGUUUGUACACCACCAUUAAUUACCGCCAUCAUCAUCAUCAUCACCAUUCAUCCCUUCCACAAAUUCACUUUCCGUGUCUCUUCAUUCGCCUUAUUUUUGCAACAAUCACCACAGCUUAUUUCACCCUCAGCGUGGACACCAUCGAUGGGACAGCCGAUGGCCUUGCGAAUAUCUCCAUCACGUCAAACCCCAAAGUCGAUUUUGCCAGUUAUGUACUCAUGGGGAACAUCACACCAACUUCUAUUUCCCAAACCACAAUACAUGAGGGUCACUCCAUCCUGGAAAAUGCGUGGGUGAAUGAGGCCUGCAACAAUGGUGGGAGCAGAGCUUUGCAGAAGAGGAUUUGCGCCAAGUGCAAUGUCACUGUUACUUUGUUCUGGCAUGUGCCUAUCCUGAUCUCCAUCUUAUCCGAAUCAAGUGCACGCCUCGUCCUCGUCGCCACAUCUUACAUCAUCCUCUUAUUCAUCUCCAGUCCUGUCCGCAUUGUCCUCCCAUCCAUCGUUUACUACCUCUCAUUCUCACCCGCAUACGUCUUUCACAUCGUAUCCAUCACAAUCGGGUUCACAUCCAUCACCGUCUUCUUCACGAUUCUACACAUCUUCCAGCCCCUCUCCAUGAUCCACGUCUCCUUCCUCCUCCACUUCUGCACUCAUUAG